AUGCAAACCCGUGCACCUUGGGAAGAAUUACCCCAGGCACCAGUGCCGACUGGAGGCCGACCAGCUGGAAAGCAGCUUUGUGGAGAGAGAGACCUGGGGGUGCUGGUGGACACCAAGUUGAACAUAAGCCAGAAACAGGCCCUUGCAGCAAAGGCGUCCAACAGCACCCUGGGCUGUAUUAGGAGGAGUGUUACCAGCAAGUUGAGGCAGAUUGGUACUGAUGUUUCUUGCCCAUGUACUGCUUUCAUCUUUCAGGUUACAUCUUUUCGAGGAGUGGCUGUUCGCAGCCUCUGCACAUCCUCCCCUCAUGAACACCCAGAACAUGGAAGAUUAGUUUAUAAAGGAAAUUUGGCGAAGGCAGUAUUAGGUGUGAGGUUUUUCUCUUAUUCCACCAGCAUAUUCAACCUGUUCAUGAUGCCCUACAUCAUGCUCAAAACUGGUAUUGGAUUUGAAAGCCUGUUUAUACAAGCUGCCUUUUAUGGGUUGAUCGGGUUUUUUACAUUUGUAACACCGGUUACUUUGCAUGUCCUUACAAAAGGCUAUGUGAUUCGACUCUAUUACAAAGAUGAAGUGGACACAUAUACAGCCAUUACAUACAAUGCAAUCUUGGCAGAAAAAGCAACUGUUUUCCAUCAGAAAGAUGUAAAGAUUCCAGACAUCACCAAGAUGUUUACAACAUUUUAUGCUAAAACAAAAUCAAUGCUUGUUAAUCCUUCACUUUUCCCGAAUCCUCAGGAUUAUAACCAUCUCAUGGGCUAUGACAAAUCCUUUUAUUUUAACUUAGAGGAGGAGAACGAAGCUGAUGAAAGGAAAUAAUUUGAAGAUAAUGAAUGUCACUAUCAUUGUUCGUGGUGCAGUGAUAUACAUGUGAAAGAAUGUAAAAUUCUAU